AUGGGGCGCUCUCGCCGAAUCCUCCACGCGGCUCUCGAGGAGUCUGCCACUCCGCCGGAUACCUUGGCGCCAACACAGUCGUUGGCUCGUGUCAUUCAGGCCGAGGGCAACAAUCUGUACAGCUGCCUGUUGCCAGCCAGCAAUGCGACGACUGCUGCUGUUGACACCGACAGCAAGGUGUUGGUGGAGCUCGAUGCCCGCUUCCGCAACACCGUCUUCAUGCGACGAGGCGGUUAUGUGCUCGUGGACCUGGAGAGCGCGGGUGCGCUCAAGGAGGCCGGACGUCGGGUCAUGGGCCAGAUCGUGAACGUGGUGCGCGACGAGAAGGCGUGGCGGAAGCAGAAAUACUGGCCGCGCGAGUUCGCCAAGGCUACGGUGGAGACCUCGGACGAUGAGGAAGAGUCCAACAUGGGCAAGAUGCCACCCAGCGAUUCGGAAGACGAGGAGUGA